GUGUUCACAUCCAUGGAGCCCUUUUUAAUCUGCCUGCUCUAUGUCCUUGGCUGACAACUGCAACAACAUGGGUCAUUGGUCACAACACAAGCUCCAUUUCUUGGCCUUUCUCAUUCUUGCUUCUGCCAUUGAUGAAGCUCUUGGAGAUGCUAUGGUCAGUGGCUCUGUCUUCUGUGACCAAUGCAAGGAUGGCCAAUUAUCUCUCUUCGACUAUCCCAUUUCUGGAAUCAAAGUCACAAUGACCUGCGAAGAUAGUAAUGGCCAAAUCACAACGUCAAGAGAAGAGACCACAGACUGGUUUGGAAAAUAUGCAAUGAGGUUCGAUGGUGCCCCAGAUUUGAGCAACUGUUAUGCUCAGGUUUCAAGCAAUGGUCAGGGUUCAAAUGGGUGUGGUGCAGUAGCUGGUCCUGCACAAAAGCUCAGUCUAAUGUUCAGGAUGUUUGAUAUGGAAAUUUACAAUGUGGAUUCUUUGCUUUCUCAGCCUGCUCAGCCUAUGUCAUUUUGUCCAAGGUCCAAAAAACCAGUGCCGGCACCUGUAAAUCCUGUAAGGCCUCCGGUGCCUGUAUCACCUGUGACGCCGCCGCCUCCACAUUUCAAGCUCCCUCCGAUGCCUAGAUUGCCUCCACUUCCUCCUAUGCCACCAGUGCCUUUCUUGGAACCAUCAGCUUGUGCACACCAGAAUUGGACAAAGCCAGAGUACAAAUGCUAUUGGAGGGCACUGAAUCCAGAGACGAAGGUAGGAGUUGUGUUUGGGUUGGUUGCAGCAAGAAGAUAUGGAGCUGAUAUGACAUUAUGGCAAGCUCUACAAGGCAGAGGAGAUCCUUACAGGACUCUUCUGAGGGAAGCCACAACUGCACUCCUCAAUUCUUACAAUAGUCUUCAAUUCUCUUACAAUUCAAUAAGUGUUGUUACACAAAUGAACUUGUCCUUGAUGGGCUCCCAAAGGAGUGUUCUCCUCACUGCUCUUAGGUUUAUGAGAGCCAAUUCUGGCUAUGGCCAUACUACUUGCAAAUUCACCCCAUGCAAGUAACUUAAUUAUAUUUUAUCAUAUCACCAUGCCAUUUAUGUCUCCAUUGGAUAUGAAUUUUAUUAUCUCUAUAUAUAGACUACAGAUUUAGUA